ACAAGAUGCUUAUGGCUGCACCAGAGUCUAGCACGGUGAUUACAGGAGCCUCUCUUUCAUUGAAGUCUUGCAAAGGGGCUACUAAGGCUUCUGGUACUGGUUGCAAAGGAGCGUCAUUCUUUGGGCCUUUGGGUGGAGUAUGGUUGAUGACAGGCCACAGAGGUCUAGAUAGGAUUCAGGUGGGCUGGUUGGUUGGGUUAUUUUGGUGGGUUGACCCUGAUUUUGGCUUUGAUUUUAAGUUUUCUCCAACAUACAAUAGCGUGAGAUCAGGUCUUGGAGGAGCAGUUUCCAUAGUCAAG